GACAUUGCAUAUUGGCCGAGAGCAAAUCAAGGUGACGUGGGCUCACAAAAGGGAGGACCACUCCAAAUUCAUCAUCUUUUGUCUUCAUGCUGAGACCGCCGUCACGGCCAAGGAAAACGACAAAGUAAAGGGAAUUUUCCCUCUGACAAGAUCAAUCGCAACAGUACAAGUGUCACAAGAUUACACGCCCUGUCAGGUGAAUAGUACGCCUAUAAAUAGCCAUCCAGUACUAUUCCUGCAGGUACAUUCUCUCAUACUAAAAAUAGCCUAUAUCUCUCUCUCUAAGCUCUCUCUCUCUCUAGAAUCCUCUUGAGUAAUUAGCUGACUUGAGCGUCGGAGGGGGUUUCCUCGAAACACCCCCGAGGGUAGCUCACGUUUGUUACUGUUGCAGAUCCCUCACGGACAUCCACUUACUGUCGGACAACUCUCAAAGAGUCCGGCACCGUUUUCGAUACCGAAACAACUGGCGCUAGAAGGAGGGGACCUCACCCUUUCUAAGGUAUCAGUCAUGGAAGGCACAAACAACGCUACCCCUGGUCAGCCUGAGCUUGAGCAAGGCCAGAAUUCCUCGCAGCCAGUCAUCACUGGUGCGUUGGGAAAUCCACAGUUCCAAUACCGGACACCAGGAAGCGGGGAGCAAACCCCAAACACCAAUGUACCAUUCAACUUGGCACAGCUCAGUCAAUUCUCUCCUGAGCAAUUGCAAACGGUCGCAUCAUUUAUCCAGAUGCUGACAGGUAACCCUCAGCAAAAUGCUCCUCCCCAACCCUCUGGCGGUACACGUAAGCGACCACCAGCUCUGGCUGGUAGGAACGCGGACGGGACCCCGCUCCGAAAAAUGCAGUCCUUGGGAAGAGAGGGACGGGAAAUGGAGAAGAAAAUAGACCGAUCUGAUUAUGAGGAGGAAGUUCUGGAAACUGAGGAGGUAUACUAUUCUGAAGAGGAAACGCAGGGUCACUCCCGCCGUGAGUACAGUACCGUCGGUGCUAGUAACUAUUCGGCUGGGGGUCACCUCUUGAUCAAGCCUAAGCUUUCCCCCUUCACUCUGGAGAUAUUGAAUCAUCCUAUGACACGAAUCAAGAUGCCGUCCUCUAAGUAUGAUGGCACAUCAGAUCCCGACGAUCACGUCGCGGCUUACGAAGGACACAUGUUCCUCUACACUCAAGUCGAUGCCAUAUGGUGUAAAGUCUUUCCCUCAACCUUGACUGGGAUAGCUCAAACAUGGUUCAAAAGUCUCAAGCCAGGUAGCGUCUCUAGCUUCUCUUUGCUGUCAUCCAUGUUCAGUACACACUUUGUAAGCAAUAGGCGUCGCGAACGCACCACUGGGGAAUUGCUGUCAGUGAAGCAAGGAGAAAAUGAAAGUCUGAGAGACUACAUUGGCCGUUUUAACGUUGAGGCAGUUUCCAUACCUCGUUUGCAGCAAGACGUGGCCGUCUUGGCCUUAAUGACUGGGCUCAAGGAGGGAUCACCCUUCAGGAAUUAUCUGGGCCGGAAGUCGUACACAACCCUGGGUCCCGUCCUUGGCAAGGCCAAUGACUAUAUAAGAGGGGAGGAAUUUGAUAAAGCUGUAGGCAAGAAGGAUGAUAAGAAGAAGGAGAAGGCUCGCGAGACAGACCGGGGCCGAGAGGAGAGAAAGCAGGAGUCAAAUAUGGUCAAAACGUGGCCGAAGGAGAGCCGUAAUGACCGAGACAGGGAGAGCGAAAGGUAUGACCGCGAUCGCAGGGAUCGUGAAAAGAAUGGCCGGGAAGGAGGUGAACGCAAGGAGAGGUUCGAUGCAUAUACCCAACUUACCACUUCUAGAAGCCAAAUUUUUCUGAUGAAUAAGGAUAGCGAUAAAUGGCAGCGUCCGAAACCGAUGUUCCAUAAGAAUCGGGAUAAAAGCAAAUGGUGUGAUUUCCAUGGGGAUCACGGCCACAUAACGGAGGAGUGCCGACACUUAAAAGAUAACCUGGAGGAUUUGAUAAGAAGAGGUUAUUUCAGUCAGUACAAGGCCCAAACAGGAGAAGGUGAUCUUGUGAAGCCCGUGACUCGAGCUGUUCAGUCCCGGCUCGGCGAGAUUCACGUUAUUAGUGGGGGUCCCAUCCAUGGGGGCAGUGUUAAUGGUGCCAAGGCAAGUUUGAAGGAAUUUCGACAUCAGGUCAACUUCAAUGCCAGUUUGCCCUGGAAGAAUCAGCCGGCAAUGCCGGCCAUGUCGUUUACCCUGGAGGAUGCGAAGCAUGUGGUAUAUCCUCAUGACGAUCCGCUGGUAGUGACCCUCAAAGUCUCAAACUGUCUGGUGCAUAGGAUUUUGGUGGAUGGAGGAAGCUCCGCGAAUAUUCUGUACUUAUCAACGUUCGAAAAGCUCAUGUUGGGGCGAGAGUACUUGAAGCCGGUCCGAUAUCCUGUCAUUGGAUUCACAGGGGCAUCAGUGGUGCCAGAAGGGUUAAUCUCACUCCCAGUGCGUGUUGGGGAAGAUGAGUCAGCCAGAGACGUCAUGACUGAGUUUCUGGUAGUGGAUGUUCCGGGAGCAUACAACGCAAUCAUUGGACGUCCGUUCAUUCAUGACAUCCAAGGUGUCGUCUCAACUUACCACCUAACCAUGUUGUAUGUUUCCAAUGACGGAUCCACGUCAAGAUUGAAGGGCAAUCAGGAGAUGGCAAGAUCAUGCUAUUUAACAACAUUAAAGCAGCCAGCAAGAAGGUUCCCGGUCGAAAACCCAGAUCCCCCCUCAAGAAAGCAAAGGAGGGCUAUGAGAAGAACUCAGGUAGAGAAGAAUGACAGUAACGAAGAAGAGGAAGUACUCAUUGUCCGGAAGAGUAAAGAGGUGCCGCUAGAAGAGUUGGAGUCUCGGCCAGAGGAUGAGCCGAGGCCACAACCUGAUGGGGAAACAAAACAAGAAGUUUUGGCAGAUGAUCCUGCUCGGUCGGUCGCGGUCGGGAUGGACAUGGACCCAGAGGUCCGGGUAAAUCUGGUAACUCUCCUGAGAGAAAAUGCUGACAUAUUUGCUUUCUCAGCAGACGAAAUGCCGGGAAUAGACCCGGCCGUGAUGGUUCAUCGAUUAAACGUCGACAGCACAGUCCGACCGGUAAAGCAAAAGAAGAGAGCCUUCUCAGCCGAAAAGAAUAAGGCCAUCAAAGAAGAAGUAGAAAAGCUGAUAGCGGCUGAUUUUAUCGAGCCUUGUGACUACCCUGAAUGGCUGGCAAAUGUAGUCAUGGUGAAAAAGGCCAACGGCCAGUGGCGUAUGUGCGUGGAUUUCACAAACUUGAAUAGGGCAUGCCCUAAGGACUGCUAUCCUCUGCCAAGAAUAGAUCAGCUAGUGGAUUCUACUAGCGGACAUGCACUACUGAGUUUCAUGGACGCCUUCUCAGGGUAUCAUCAAAUAAGCUUGUUGAAGGAGGACCGCAAGAAAACGGCAUUCAUCACAGAUGGAGGUGUUUACAAUUAUAAGGCAAUGCCUUUCGGCCUGAGAAACGCUGGGGCAACGUACCAGAAGUUAGUGGACAAGGUGUUUGCGGCUCAGAAAGGGCGUAAUAUAGAAGUGUACGUGGACGACUCUAUUGUCAAAAGUAAGACGGACCGAGAGCAUCUGACGGACCUGGAGGAAACAUUCAAAACGUUGAGAAAAUACAGCAUGAAGUUGAACCCAAAGAAGUGCGUCUUUGGCGUAAGAGCAGGAAAAUUUCUUGGAUUUAUGGUGAGUAAAAGAGGCAUUGAUGCGAACCCGGACAAGGUUCAAGCAAUUUUAAGCCUUCCGGAACCCAGAGGUGUCAAGGAUAUCCAGAGAUUAACGGGCAGGAUGGCCGCUUUGACGAGAUUCAUAUCGAAGUCGGCUGAUAAGGCCCUUCCGUUUUUCGCAUUGCUAAGGGGGAAUAAAAAGUUCGAAUGGGGAGAAGAGCAGAGCAAAGCUUUCUCGGCCGUCAAGGAGCACCUUGCAAAGCUGCCAACAAUAACAAGGCCAGAGGCAGGAGACACAUUGCAGUUAUACGUCUCGGCCUCCCCAAAACGGUAGCGGCA